UCUAUUUAGAAAACAGAAUAAAUGCCCCUUCCUCGAAUAACAACACCUCUCUCUCUUUCUCUCAAGGCAUCAAUUCUCAUAGCAAUGUCGAUAGAGAGAAUGAAUAGUAGUGUCCUUGUCUCCCUAAUCUUCUACUCCAUUAUUCUCACAUCCGCCAUGGAACCCCCAUGCAAGAAAACAUGCGGCCCAACCCCAAUCAAGUACCCAUUCGGCUCCGGCCCCGGCUGCGGCUCUCCUCGCUUCCACCCCUACGUGGCCUGCUCGGGCCCCACCAACCAGCUCCUCCUCACCACCCACACCGGUACCUACCCCAUCACCUCCGUCGACUACUCCGCCGCCGUCGUCACCAUCUCCCCUCCCUGCAUGUCCAACUGCACCACCAUGCGGCCCACCUCGCUCAAAUUCGGGCUGGACUGGGCCGGCCCAUUCCAGCUCGGCCCAUCCACCUUCAUCCUCUUAGGCUGCUCUUUCUCCAGCACCUCCAGCCUCUUAUGCGACGCCACGUCAUCGGCGUAUCUCUGCCCCACCAUCUGCUCGUGCCCGGGCGCGGCGGCGCUGCAGCUGCCCGGGAACGGCGGCUGCUGCGUGUACUCGCCGGCGAGUCUGGACCCGAGGGACGAGCUGGACGUGGCGGGGCUGGGGUGCGCUGCGUACAGCUCGGUGGUGGCGGUGGGGGAUGAGCCUACCGAUCCGGCCACGUGGCGGUAUGGGGUGGCGCUCAAGUAUACGAUGGGGGGGCUGGAUGGGUACGGUAUGGCGCCCGGGUGCCACGGGUGUGAGCUCAGCGGCGGCGUCUGUGGGUACGCGCCGCCGAGGAAUUCGUUCGUGUGCGUGUGUGAGUCUGGGAAUACUACUACGGAUUGCAAUGGCUAUAAUUGGAUCUAUAUGAGCUCAUCUUUUAAAUUGCGUACAGGAGUGUUUUGGCUGGGAAUGGCAGUUUGGUUGGCGGUGAAAUUGUGAGAGAAUGUGGAGAGAAAGGAAGAAGAAAGACAGAGAAAAACAUUUUUUGUGAUUUCCUGCUCUAUGUUAGCAUUAUUCUUACAAAAUUAAUGUGGAUGCUUGGGUAGUUGUGGAGAAUAAUAUCUGAAUGGAAGUCUAGAGAGAAUAAAGUUAGCAUCGGCGCAUAUGUUCCCUAAUAUCUGUCUAAUUUAUUAAUUUCAUAAACCAUGCAAAAAUGCAAUGGUUGUUCUUCACUAUCA